GUUGCAGUAGUAGUAGUACUAGUACUCUCUGAUUCUGUUAUUUUCAAUGUUAAAUUCAAUAUUCAGAUAUUAUUCAAGCAGAAGUGAUAGCAAUAGCUCGCGAAAUCGAGGUGGAACUUCAGUUGUUCAUUAGCAUAUGCCAGACAAAGUGAGAGUGCGAGUGGUGAGAGGUUUAAUUUGAUAUUUCUGUUAUUGCUAGGAUUUUUGGGAAACGAAACAAGAAACUCUAAAAUGGCUUCCGUCUCUAUGAAAAAAUGCAUUCCUUUAAGAGCCAUAAUAUGGAUAAUGUGUUUUACUUGCACAUUAUUCCUUUACAUGUUGAGGAUCAACUUGUCCAUCAUAAUUCUGGCAAUGGUUGAACCUAGUCAAGGAAAUGAAACUUUCGUUCCAGAAUGUAGGAAAACAGAUAACAUUUACAAUGACAGUAUUAUCGCUGAAGCACACAAUUCAGGAGCAGAAGAUUAUGGUACGAGAUAUAAUUGGGACAGUAAACUGCAAGGUUUACUAAUAAGUUCGUAUUUUUGGGGAUUUACCCUAUCUGGCAUGCCCGGUGGAGCUUUGGCAGAAAAAUUUGGACCUUCAAAAUGCGUUAGCGUUUCCUUCUUAGUAAGUGGAUUGCUUACCCUGAUAGCUCCUUGGAUGGCAUCUUUACAUCCCAUUGCUUUGAUGAUUUCAAGAUUUUUUAUUGGAUUAUUUGGGGGUGUUGUUUUCCCUAGUCUUCACUGUUUGGUAGCUAGAUGGGCUCCUCCAGAUGAAAAAGGUAAAUUUAUAGGAGCCCUACUCGGAGGAUCGCUAGGCACUGUGAUAACAUGGCCCCUAUUGGGAGCUAUCAUUGAAAAAUUUGGAUGGACUUGGGCGUUUCUUGGCUCAGGCAUUAUUGUCAUUGCUUGGACUCUGUCGUGGUGGUUUUUUGUGACUGAUUCGCCUGAACAACACCGAUAUAUAUCCGAUGACGAAAAAAACUACAUUUUAGAUAGUUUGAAGGAUACAAUUUCGAAUGUUAAGAAAUUUCCACCGUACAAGCAAAUAGCUUUAACCGUGCCAUUUUGGGCACUGCUUGUCCUCCAUUUUGGAAACUUGUGGGGUCUUUUCUUCCUCAUGACGGCAGGACCAAAUUUCAUGUCGUCAGUAUUGGGUUUCACACUCGGACACACAGGAAUUCUUGCAGCUUUGCCGUAUUUGGCUAGGUUGAUUUUUGGAAUCUUAUUUGGACAAUUGGGUGAUUUUAUUCUAAGAAAAAAUUUUAUGACUAAGACGAAGAUUCGAAAAAGUUUUAUUUUCUUUUCACACAUACUACCUGGAAUAUUUUUAAUUAUUCAAACUCUACUAGGCUGUAAUAUCAGUUGGACAAUUAUUUUGAUUACUAUAUCGUUGGGAAUGAACGGUGCGUCGACGUUAACCAAUUUGCAAAAUUCUCAAGAUCUUUCUCCUAAUUUUGCUGGUACUUUGUAUGGAAUUAUAAAUUGCGUUGGGAGUACUACUGGUUUUAUCAACCCUACAAUUGUUGGAUAUAUAACAGCUAAAAAUAAUGGUUUGGAUGAGUGGCACACCAUAUUUUACAUUGGAUCAUCAGUAUACAUAGCCAGUGGAAUUGUAUUUUGCAUUUUUGGAACUGGAGAAACGCAACCUUGGAAUGAAAUAGAAGUAAAAAAAUUAAGCUCUAAUGGAAUUGAAAAUAUUGGAUUUGAUGAUAUUGAAAAUAUAAAAAACGAUGUUACAGAAAAUACUAAAAUAUAACGAUUUGAAAUU